UUUUAAAGUAAUUUUCUUGCGGUUAUUGUAUGUCACGGCACGUUUUUUGUGAAUCUUUAUUUUUCAUCCGGGACAUUAUUUCCGUCUGGUCGAGGUAUUCCGGAAGCCGGAAGUUUGGGCGGUGGUUGAAAGCGGCGAUCUCAGUUCCUCGCUUGUAGGUAAAACCAAAAACAGCCAAAAUGUCGAGCAAAUGUCGCACCAAGGGAAAGAUCACCAAGAAGCGUCCUCAGCGGGCCACCUCCAAUGUCUUCGCUAUGUUCGAUCAGUCGCAGAUUCAGGAGUUUAAGGAAGCCUUCAACAUGAUCGACCAGAACCGCGACGGCUUCAUCGAUAAGGAGGAUCUUCAUGACAUGCUCGCUUCUCUCGGGAAGAACCCAACAGAUGACUAUUUGGAGGCGAUGAUGACCGAAGCCCCCGGGCCCAUAAACUUCACCAUGUUCCUCACCAUGUUCGGAGAGAAGCUGAACGGCACAGACCCCGAGGAAGUCAUUCGUAAUGCGUUCGCCUGCUUUGACGAGGAAGGAACAGGCUUCGUUCAGGAGGACUAUCUGAGAGAGCUGCUGACCACUAUGGGAGAUCGAUUCACAGACGAAGAGGUCGACGAGCUCUUCAGAGAAGCGCCGAUCGAUAAAAAGAGCAACUUCAACUACGUGGAGUUCACCCGUAUUCUUAAACACGGAGCCAAAGACAAAGACGAUUAGAAAAAACCCUUUAGGCGAGAGAAAUCAGUGCUGUCCGUUCACCUGGAUCCCAUUGAGAACGCAUCUUUAGCUUUAAUAUACCGUAUGUGCGGAUGAAAAUGACAUGUUCACUCUGUUUAACUUCACUGGGAUAAGACUUCAUGUUUUGAAGGGGUUAUGAUACAGAAUCACAAAGUCACUCAUGUUAAAAUGCAAGAUUGAACCAUGCACCUUUUUUUUUUCUUCUUCUUCUCUUAGGUUUGUGUGCCAGUGUUUUAUUUUAUGCAAACUGGAAAAAAAUUCCUCUUGAUUUCAUCACACCACUGUCAUGUUCAGGGCUCAUGGAUCAUGUCUUCAUAUAUUUGGAGCAUGUCUGAGGUUUAUAUAAUGGUAUAUUUAAAGUACAUAGAUAGUCGUACGUUGAUUCAGACCUCGAAGACGAAUCUCAUUUCUCUGUUGAUUUAGACGGUAAAAAAUGUGAACGUGUUGAUCUAUUUCGAUGCAUUUGACCUCAUUUGAUUUCGUUGCCUAAUUUUACAUUAUAUAAUAUUAAAUAUUUUGAAUAAAUGUCUCUUAUUAAAACAUUUAUGUGCAACUUACAUGUUUUUUUUUUGUUUGUUUGUUUUAUGUCUAUGUCAAUGUUUUUGGACUUAAUGUAAUCGUGAAUACAGUCAUAAAUGUUGUUUUUUGUUUAUUACA